CUUCUGCGCCUCAUCCCAUCUCAUGCAUGGCUGCCAGUGAUGCUCUGCUGGCUGUCAGCUUUUAUUGGCACGGCACAAAGCAAAGUGCCAAGGGUUCGCUGCUGCAGGCUCCACUGCGCUGCUGCUGCUGCACUAGACUCGGCCUGUGGAUAAAAGCGAGCAAAAUGCCUCAGUCGAGCUCAGAGAUCUAGUCAUGUUGGGCUGGAACGAGGAAGUGCAGUGGAGAGGGGAGGGACUGAGGGCGCAGCUCCAUGGGGCCGCGGCGGCGGCGCUGCGACCUUCUGCACAUGGAGCCGGGGAGAGUUGGAAGAACUUCAUACUGCAAACUCAAGGAAUAGCAGAGUACUUGCACCGCAUGGAGACCGAGGAGGCCCAGGAAAUGUCCCAGAUGCCAGGCAGGGACAGCCCCCCUGCCAACGAAUCAACCGAGGACACAGAGGAGCCCAUGGCUGUCCCUGAGGACCUGUCAGCCAGCUCCACCCAGCAGCAGAACAACAGAGGGGACAAAGUCUGUAACAUAAAAGUUGAGGCUCGCAGUGAUGAGGAGAAUGGGCUGUCCUGUGACAUGAAUGGCAUGGAGGAGGAGGAGGAGGAGUGUGCGGAAGACUUGCGCGUGAUCGAUGCCUCUGGGGCCAAGGUGAACGGCUCACAGCCGAGCCCCGAAGCCAAGGCCUUCACCUCGGCCGGUGGUAUCCGGCUACCCAACGGGAAGCUCAAGUGUGAUAUCUGUGGGAUAGUUUGCAUUGGCCCCAAUGUGUUGAUGGUGCACAAGCGAAGCCACACUGGAGAACGUCCUUUCCAGUGCAGCCAGUGUGGCGCCUCCUUCACCCAGAAAGGUAACCUGCUGCGCCAUAUCAAACUCCAUUCAGGGGAGAAACCCUUCAAGUGUCACCUGUGCAGCUACGCCUGUCGCAGGAGGGACGCCCUGACCGGACACUUACGCACCCACUCGGUGGGAAAACCACACAAGUGUGCCUAUUGUGGGCGGAGUUAUAAACAACGCAGUUCUCUGGAGGAGCACAAGGAGCGGUGUCACAACUACCUCCAGUGCAUGGGGCUGGAGAGAAGCAUCUACCCAGUAAUAAAGGAAGAAAGCAACCAGAAUGAGCAGAGGGGAGACUUAACCCAGACGGGAUCUGACAGAGCCUUGGUGCUAGACAGACUAGCUAAUAAUGUAGCUAAACGUAAAAGCACUAUGCCACAGAAGUUUGUGGGUGACAAACAUCUGUCAGAGCUUUCCUACGAUGGAGCAGGUGAGCUCAAUCAGCCCCAUUUUAUGGACCAGGCCAUCAACAGUGCUAUCAGCUACUUAGGGGCUGAGUCGCUGCGGCCUUUGGUCCAGACAUCUCCAGCCUCCUCAUCUGAUGUGGGUCUCACGUCCAUGUACCCUCUCCUCAAACCAGCACCUGAGGCCCUGACAGGGACAGGUCACAACCUGUCAGCCAAAGACAGUGCGGCUGAGAACCUGCUGCUCCUCUCCAACUCCAAGUCUGCCUCCAGCGAGAAGGACGGCUCUCCCAGCCACAGCGGCCAGGAUUCCACUGACACCGAGAGCAACAAUGAGGAUCGUCCGGGAGGGGCAGCACCGGGCCUCAUCUACCUGACCAAUCACAUGACAUCAGGUGGGAGGAACGGGGUGCUGCCGCUGGUGAAGGAAGAGGAGCAGAGGCAGUUGGAGGCCAUUCGGGCCAGCAUAGAGUUGGCCACUGAGGGCUUCAAGGUGUUGUCACCAGAUGGCAAGCAAGUGAGAGCCUACCUCUGCCAACACUGCCGCGUUCUCUUUCUAGACCACGUCAUGUACACCAUCCACAUGGGCUGCCACGGGUUUAGAGAACCGUUUGAGUGCAACCUCUGUGGCCAUCAGAGUCAAGACCGCUACGAGUUCUCCUCUCACAUAACACGGGGGGAGCAUCGCUACUGAGACACACACGUACACACACUGUAGACCGUGAAUAAGAAAUGGCUGUAAGAGCUGUCGGUUGUUUGUUUUUUUUUAUUCAAAAAAGAAAAUCAGCAUUUAAUUGAUAUUAUCUGACAUAGUUCUUCUUUCUCCGCGAAAAGAGAAAGAAGAACUUUGGCUGAGCCACAAGCAGCAACAUCAGUCAGUAGUUCUGUCGUUGGUGUUGGUGAAAUGUCCACACUGUAAACUAAUAUACAGAGAGUUUUAACUAAACGUUUGGUCAAAGUGAGGCUACUUUAUUCUAUUAAUAUGUCAGUACACAUGUUCCUAAUAAUCAUAUAAACUCUUGGUUGGUCAGCUGAUUAUUAAAACACUAUACCAGUUUUGAAGUAAAAAGACAACCAUCCAUCCAAAGUAAGGACAAGCAGGAAAAUUGAAAUCUUGUUAUCUUGGACAUGACUCAAACUGGGAAAUAAUCAAAUAAAAUGGUUUGAAAAAAAAGUGUACUUAUAAAUAAAGUCAGAAGUUUCCUCAAAUGUUCCAUGGACUUCCAGCUCUGCAGAGCUACAUCUGAAACUAACACGACAGAUUUGGUCCUUUUCCUUUAAGCGAUGGCUAUAAGCGGCUACAUCCCUUUCUUAUAUAUAAAGUCUAUGGCAUGUACACACACACAGGCGCACACACAAACACACACACAGAGGGAAAAAGGGGUUGAUACAAGAAAAAAAGAAAUCACACUCACAGAGGUUCAACUCAAGUCCAAAAACUAAAUGUAAAAUACACUGCAAAUGUCCUAAAAUAAUGUUUUUUUACACAUUGUGCAUGUAUGUUAAUCACAGCUAAAUGUAAACAGAUACAGUUGAAAAAAAAAAAGAAUUUUCUUUUUUUUUAAGAAAUGUCUACUGAAGACAGUGCAGCUUUGCUCCUCACACAUUUGUACGUGGCUACAUGUAAAGAAUGUACAAAUAUGAAUUCAUUUGGAGAAAAAGUGUUUUUAUUUUAUUGUUAGACUAUCAUAAUUUUACACCUGAUCAUUUACACCUAUAUGUAAGAUGUAAACAUUUUGACUCCAUAUUCAUUUUUAUGUUUUUGAUGCUUAGAAAAAGAUCAAAUUUCCCAUUUAACCUUUGACCUUUAGUUCCCAUGUGCGCUGAAUUCUCCAUUUGUUGUACAUAAUGUCGUUUGGUUUUGUAUUUAUUGCGAUGGCUGUUUGAUACUUCUUGAAAAAACAAUAUUAAAAUGAAAACUUCACUGCUGCUGGAUACAUACCUUUUUUAUUAUAAAAUGACCAUUAUCCUGGCUUGUUUUCUAUUCUAUUUGUUCAAAACUUCCGCCACUAAAAUAAAUACAAGUGGAUCAUUUGAUGGGAACUAUAUGCUUGCAAAAAUAUCAAUAAAGUUAUUUUAUAUAUGCACAAAA